UUUUUUGAGGAUGACUCCUGUGGCUCAUUUGAUUGUUCUAAAUAGUGUCCUGUCCCUUUAAAAAAAAGUCCUUCCCGGUCUCUCUUCACUGUUUUUAUCGGCCACGUUUCCCCCCUCUAAACUAUACUGUACUUACUUGUCUUUGGUGUCGGUCUUCAACCUAUUUCUCUGCCCUCUUGUUUCCAUUGUUACUCUGUCCGAUCAUGGCAGCUCAUUCUAUCGACGAGCCGUUCCCUUUCCACGGGUUGCUCCCUAAAAAAGAGACCGGCGCUGCGUCUUAUCUCACUAGGUUCCCCGAGUACGAUGGACGGGGUGUUGUCAUCGCUAUCCUCGACACUGGCGUGGACCCAGGGGCCCCGGGCAUGCAGACCACGACGGAGGGCAAGCCGAAGAUCGUUGACAUCAUCGAUACGACAGGCAGUGGAGACGUCACCAUGGCGACGGUGGUGGAGCCCAAAGACGGAGAGGUGACCGGGCUGUCCGGGAGGACGCUCAAGAUCCCUCAUGCUUGGGAUAAUCCAUCUGGAAAGUACCACAUUGGGAUCAAACAUGGAUAUGAGUUGUUCCCUAAAGCUCUCAGAGAGAGAAUCCAGAAGGAGCGAAAGGAGAAAAUGUGGGAUCCAGCACACAGAGCAGCUCUGGCCGAAGCCAGUCGUCGGGCAGAACAGUUUGACCUUGCUCACCCCUCCCCCUCACAGGCCGAGAAGCUGCAGAAAGAGGAGCUGCUGUGUCAGUCCGAGAUCCUGGCGUCUCUGGAGAAGAAGUACAACGACCCGGGUCCGGUCUACGACUGUCUGCUGUGGAACGACGGAGACACCUGGAGGGCUGUGGUAGACACCUCAGAGACUGGAGACCUGUCCAGCUGCACGGUCCUGACCUCCUACAGAGAGAAGCAGGAGUUUGCUACUCUGGGAAACGCCGAGAUGCUCAACUACUCCGUUAACAUCUACGACGAAGGAAACACUCUCUGCAUCGUCACCAGCGGAGGGGCUCAUGGGACACACGUGGCGAGCAUAGCAGCGGGCCACUUCCCAGAUGAGCCGGAGCGGAACGGCAUCGCCCCCGGCGCCCAGAUCCUGGCGUUGAAGAUCGGAGACACGCGCCUCAGCACCAUGGAGACGGGCACCGGACUCAUCCGCGCGAUGAUAGAGGUGAUCAACUAUAAAUGUGACCUGGUUAACUACAGCUAUGGAGAAGCUACCCACUGGCCCAACUCAGGGAGGAUCUGUGAGGUGAUUGGUGAAGCGGUUCAGAAACACAACGUUUUGUUUGUGUCCAGCGCCGGGAACAACGGGCCCUGUCUGUCUACUGUCGGCUGUCCUGGAGGGACUACUGCUGCUGUUAUAGGCGUGGGGGCGUAUGUGACUCCAGACAUGAUGGUUGCAGAGUAUUCUCUGAGAGAGAAGCUUCCUCCGAACCAGUACACCUGGUCGUCUCGGGGCCCCAGUACCGACGGGGCCCUGGGGGUCAGUAUCACCGCUCCGGGGGGGGCCAUCGCCUCCGUACCCAACUGGACUCUCAGAGGAACCCAGCUGAUGAAUGGUACCUCCAUGUCGUCCCCCAACGCCUGCGGAGGGAUCGCCCUGGUGCUGUCAGGUCUAAAGCAGAACGGUAUCCGUCCAUCGGUCUCUGCGGUGAGGAGAGCUCUGGAGAACACGGCUCUGAAGGUCGACGACAUAGAGGUGUUCGCACAGGGACACGGAAUCAUACAGGUGGACAGAGCUGUAGACUACCUGACCCAGCAUGCCUCUCUCCCCACCGCUAACCUGGGCUUCACUGUUACCGUGGGAACGCAGCGAGGCAUCUACCUCCGAGACCCCACCCAGGUCCUGUCCCCCUCCGACCACGGGGUCGGCAUCGAACCCGUUUUCCCCGAAAAUACCGAGAACACGGAGCGUAUUUCUCUGCAACUGCACCUGGCCCUGACAUGCUCCGCCUCCUGGGUGCAGUGCCCCUCCCACCUGGAGCUCAUGAACCAGUGUCGUCAUGUCAACGUCAGAGUCGAUCCCCUGGGGCUCCGAGAGGGGCUGCAUUAUACUGAGGUGUGUGGUUAUGACACAGCAUCCCCCAGCUCUGGCCCUCUGUUCAGAGUCCCCAUAACGGUUAUCAUCCCCACCAAAGUUCCUGAGGGCCACAGUCAGGAGGUUCUCUUCACAGAUGUUCACUUCAGACCAGGACAGAUUCGACGACACUUCAUCACGGUUCCACGGGGAGCCUCCUGGGCAGAGAUAACAUUGACGUCUCAGAGCGGGGACGUGUCCUCUAAGUUUGUCCUCCAUGCGGUCCACCUGGUGAAGCAGAGAGCUUACAGAGCCAACGAGUUCUACAAGUUCUCCUCUCUGCUGGAGAAGAGCUCCCUGACUGAAGCUUUCCCUGUCCUGUGUCUCUCCUCUCUAGUCGGGAGGACAGUAGAGUUAUGUGAUGCCCGGUGGUGGGCCAGCCUUGGUGACGACACCGUUGACUACAGUAUCUCCUUCCACGGCCUGACCACCUCACCGUCACCUCUACACAUACAUGCAUCAGACGGUGUGACUAGUUUUGAGGUGUCCUCUCCCCUGAGGUACGAGGACGUUUCUCCCAUCAUCACCCUGAAGACUUGGGUCCAGCCGCUCAGACCUCUGAGUUCUAAGAUCAAGGCUCUGGGUCACAGAGAUGUCCUCCCCAACAACAGACAGCUCUACGAAAUCAUCCUCACCUACAGCUUCCACCAGCCUAAGUCAGGAGAGGUGACCCCCAGCUGUCCAGUACUGUGUGACCAGUUGUAUGAAUCAGAGUUUGACUCUCAGCUCUGGAUGCUGUUUGACCAGAACAAGAGACUGUUGGGCUCUGGAGACGCCUACCCACACCAGGUAGUAACCACAACACAACCAUGAUAUAACCACAACACA